AUGUCGCACGAACAAAAGCACAGAUACAAACUCUACUACGUCAAUGCGCGCGGACGUGCGGAGCCAAUUAGACUCGUCUUCCAGUAGGUUCACUAACGCGUUUAUCCAUUUUGAGUGACCUAUUCAGUUUCCUCGGAGUGGACUUUGAGGAUUAUCGCAUGGAGAUGGCCGACUUCACCGGAGCCAUGAAAGACAGUGAGUGAACAAGAGAAACGCAGACACAGUACGGACCGAUUCAGAGGCUCCAAUGAAGCAGAUCCCUUUCCUGGAGAUCGACGGAGGCAAGACGACUCUCGCGCAGACGGUCUCCAUCUGCCGCUACUUGGCCAAGUCCAUUCAGCCGGAGAGAUGGUUCGGUGGAGCCACAAAGACGGAUUCCGCCAAGGUGGACAUGAUGGCUGACGGAUUCGCCGAUCUGUUCAACAUGGCCGCCAUGGCCAAGUAUGCGGACGAGAAAAUCAAGGUUCGUGACAAACAAGACCACGAUGGGAAGUGAACGAACAACUUGCAGGAAGUGUUAAUGGAAAACUACAAAAAGACAAUCGGGCCAAAACUAGAGAUCAUGCAAGAUCUUCUGAAGAAGAGUAAGGGCGACUACUUCGUCGGAAAGUCCAUCCAUUGGUGCGACGUCUACAUCCUCGGGAUCCUUCAGUCGCUCGACGAGGUGACAAUAAACCGCGUUCCCUAGGGUAAACAAGUAAUCUAAUUGAAGGCUGAGGAGGGAAUCUACGACGACUUGCCGCAGAUCCGCGAGUAUUACUUGCGAAUGCGCAACUUGCCGGAGCUGAAAGAGUACAUUUCGGCGAACUGGCCAGCUACAAAGUACACCGAAUAA